AGUACGAGGCUGAACGGUAGAUCCACAAUCCAAAAUCCAUCUUUCUUGCCAGCCCAUAUCAGCGACUCCUACCGAAAUACACCACUGUCUCUGCACAGCUUUCAACCCCGAAACGCGACAUGUCCUCGAAAUCCCAUCGUGCCAAGGCUCUCGCCGCUCAGCUUGAAGCCGGACCGUCCACUACGGCCGGAGAACUUGUUCCACCUGCUUCGCUUGUGAAGCCAAAGGUCAAGAAGUCCAAAUCGGUCAAGGACGGAGUUGUAGGAAAGGGUAAAGGCAAAGGCAAGGCUGUCGACGUUCAAGAGGAGGAACAGGAUGCGAGGAAGCCGCUGGGUCAAGAGGAAGAUGAGGAAGAGGUUGCGGCUGACGGCCACAGAGACGUUGAGAUGGAGCAGGAUGGAUUGAUUCCUACAGGACGGGCUGGACAGGAGGAAGAUGACGAUGCGGACAUGUUGAUCGACUCGGCACCGGUGGUCGGGUCCGCUGAUGCUUCAUCGUCGACAACCGCCAAAGCUAGCAGUGCUACCAAGACCUCGUCCGACUUCCUCCCCAUCUCUCAGACCGCUCAAAACAAAACCCUGUUGAAGCCCGAAGAGCGACGUGUGCCGGUACCGGCUCACCGAAUGGCUCCCUUGAAGAAGGAAUGGGUCAACAUUUACGGACCCCUGGUCGAGAUUAUGGGCUUGAUGGUCAGGAUGAACGUGCACAAGCGAUGCGUCGAAAUGAAGACAUCAAAACAUACUCCCGACCAGGGUGCGAUCCAGAAGGGUGCCGAUUUCGUCAAGGCGUUUGCACUGGGAUUCGACGUCAAGGACGCCAUCGCCAUUCUCCGUCUCGAGGACCUCUAUCUCGACUCGUUUGAGAUCAAGGACGUCAAGACGUUGCACGGGGACCAUUUGUCCCGAGCGAUCGGACGUAUCGCUGGGCAGGAUGGCAAGACCAAGUUUACGAUCGAAAACGCCAGUCGAACGAGAAUAGUCCUAGCCGAUACGCAUGUGCAUAUCCUCGGAUCAGUGCAAAACAUCAAGAUUGCCAGGGACGCCAUUGUCUCAUUGAUCUUGGGUUCGCCUCCAGGCAAAGUCUACGCCCAUCUGAGGAGCGUUGGUGCCAGGCUGAAACAGAGGUUCUAAUCUCGCAUCUUCCGCGCUACCCCGAGUGUAUCAUCAAUCACUUUCGUCCAUAUAUCCUUCUUGGACCCUCCCUUUCAGAUUUAUCGCCCUUCACAUGCGGACAUACAAAUUGCGCUACCGGGCGAUGUGGUCUUUGUAUUCACAAUCGCGGCCCGAUUCACUGUUAUAUCACAUCUACGACCCCCUUUUGAUGAGUACCGG